AUGGACGGCCAAAUGCAGGAAGGUCCUUCAGAUCUCCCCAUUGAGUUCCUUGGGUUGACGAACUACCCCGGAGUCCUCCACAACCACGAUCUCAAUAACCUUCGCCUAGCGGUAUCUUGUCUAGAAGCUGGUAUCGGAAUCGAAUUGUGGGCUUUAGAAAAAGCAUGGCCUGGCAUAUGUAACGAGCUAUGGUGGUUUGAUCAAUUUCACCCCGGUAUCCUUCAUCCUGCUACGAUCGCACCCAUAAACGCCAUGCAAUACAACGAAGACGUCGGCAGCCAAAAGUUCACAUUCGACUGUCCUGUCUUCGUUGCAGAGUCUCGACAUGGCUGGCCACGUACCUGUAAUAAUGUCAAGAGCCUGAACAUGACAGACCUGCGACGACACUUAACAGAACGAACGGGUCGUGGAUACGCACCUCAACUAACAUUUCUGAAGCUUUGUACUACAUGUAACGAAGACUUCAUCGACAGAAAUGUUUUCGAAACUAGACAUGGCUAUCGGGGAGAACUCUGCAACGCCCGCCGACCUCAGCGUAGGGGGGCCAACGCGAAAGUGCAAUGGGAACUGCUGUAUCGACAAGUGGAAGCAGCAAUGGCUGUCCAACGUCUUUCAACACGUAUGGUACAGCUUUCUUUCGGUGAUGGAUGCCGAACUGACGUGGCAGGUCAAGAGCAGGUCAACACUGACCCGGCACCUUCACAAACUGACCUUAGCCUGGGUCCAUCCGAUUCACCCGAGCAAUCUACACCUCAACCUGCGAAUAACCAUCCAGACGAAGCUAUGCCUUAUUUGACACCAUAUCAACUUAUCUACGGCUCGGAUUCCGACGAAGGAGAAGUGGUGAGAAGUUCACACGACUAG